AUGGAACAAGAGCAAUCACAGGGAUAUAAUGUGUUUGUUCCUGAUUUCGAUAAAGAUCUAGUGCUGGCAUCAACAACAGACGAGCGAUAUAAUGAAUCUAUUAGAGAUUGCUUAGAAAAAGACUUGGAUCUAAUCCAACAGCAAGUGAAUCUAGAUGUACAAUCAGAACACAAUAAUUUCUUUAAAAAUGCAAAAUGGGCACCUGAUGGCACUUAUCUAUUGACUAAUUCAGCAGACGAUGUUGUUCGACUCUUUUCUUUACCAAACAACGUAUACGAAGAUACUGAAGACGGCCCACAGACCAUGAUACCCAUCUUUGGUAUACGAGAAGGAGAAUCAGUCUAUGAUUUUGACUGGUAUCCUUUGAUGAACUCACAAGAUCCAGAUACUUGUUGUUUCUUAACAUCGGUUAGAGAUCAUCCCAUUCAGCUUUGGGAUCUAAACACGGCAACUGUGAGAGCAUCUUACAGUGCAAUCGACCAUUGUGAGCGAUAUGUAGGUCCCAACGUACUAUCAUUUCAUCCUGAUGGCACAAAAAUCUACUGUGGAUACGAAAACAUGAUUGAAAUAUUUGAUGUUCAGCGACCAGGCAGCGAAUCAGACAAGAUACCAACAGUUCCAACGCGUAAAAGCAAAAAGGGCCAGAAGGGGAUCAUCUCUUGUUUAGACUUUAGUUCGGAUGGACUAUACGCUGCUGGUUCAUACAGUCAAUCGAUUGCAAUCUAUGAUCAGACCAACCAUGAGCUUUGUCUAAAACUCGUAGGCUUUUCAGGAGGCGUAACCCAGGUAAAGUUUUCAAAGGAUGACCGGUACCUCUUUUCAGUAUCUCGACAUACCAACAAUAUAUUAUGCUGGGAUAUUCGUGAUUCAGCAAACAUACUGUUUGAGUUGCCUCGGCCAGGUAAAACAAAUCAAAGAAUACAUUUUGAUUUGGAUCCAUCUGGAAAGCACUUGGUCACAGGAGAUCAGUUUGGAAAUCUGAUAGCGUACGAUAUCUCAUCACCCGAGGAAUACAAGCUGGUGAAAUCAAUGAAGGCACACGACGAUCUCAUCUCAUCUGCUACAUUUAACCCAGUUUAUCCAUUGAUUGCCACUUGCUCUGGGCAGCGUAAGUUUUCGAUACCAAACGAUAGUGAAGAAGAUGAAGAAGACGAAGACGAAGAAGUGAUAGACAAUACACUAAAGGUCUGGCGGGUGACAGGUCAAUAUGAAUGGUUCAGUUAUUUUAUUUCUCAAGAGAUUUCAUAG